GGAGAGGUUCCUGCCCUUCUAAUCGAGACUGGUUGGUGAUAUUAAUGAGGAUAAGCUAUUGAUGCCAUAUGGUAGGAAGUGGACGUGAGGUAAAAGGCUUAAGCGCGAUACAGAGGUACACCAUGCCAUAGUCCUCAUGAGAGAUCAGCUUGAUUAUUUGACGUCCGAGCAGUUUAUGUGGACACCUUAUCGUGACAUCCUUCAUAUUUUACCUCCGUGCUGCACAUCUGGUCGGGAGAUGUGGCGGAUAUGAGUGCCAAUGUUGUGCUUAGUAUUUAUAGAGUGUCACCCAGCAGACAGAGUUAUGCAACAGUUUGAGCUUCUACAACACAUUUUCGAGGCUCCUCUAUGGCAAGCUAAUCAUGCUAAGCAUGAUGAUCGAUCUCCAGUUGACCAACGAUUUAUUGCAGAGCAUAACUAGGUUGUUAAUAUAUGGAUCCAUUAGCAGCCUACAGUUAAGGAGGUACAUUACGAUGUCAACUUAGAUGCCUAUAUGGGGUGGUAUUUUCGAUGUGGUCGAUUGUUAUUGGAUAAACCCACUGUCGGAGGUUCUAGGUAUGUCUCGAUUGUGCCUUCACAUGAGGCGAUGCGUAGAGACCUUAAGAAGCUGUAUGACAAGGUUUUAGCAUGGACGUUGAGUCUAGAUUCGGUGACUAGAGAGCAUGGAGUCGAGAUUGCUAAUGAUAUUAGAAGGACUUUUGACCAGGCAAAUCAGGCCUUUCAGGGGCCUACAGUUCCUGACGAACACUACCAUCAACCACUCAAAAUGCAUGGACGAGGGAAAGGAGGACGUGGAUGUGGAUGUGGUGAUGUAGCUAUGCGUAGAGAAGGACAUAGAGGUGGAUAUGGUGUCUUCUUACACGAGGGAGUAGGAGAUGCUCCAUUACUUCCGGCUCUUGAGCCAGAGCCUAAAGCAACGGUAGAUGAUGACCCAGUUGGACAUCAUGAUCAAGUUCAUUCGUCGCCUUUUCAUUCAUCACCAUUUACGCCAGAUUCUUUAGCAGUCUCGGGAUUUGGUUUGCACCUCGUCAUCCAAUCCGGUUCAGACCUCAACAUGGUUUUUCAGACAGUCAUAAAGCUUCCCUCUGACACAUAGAUUUCAGAUUUAGCACCUUCUGUUGUUCAGGAUGCAUCUCAUGGAUCAAUGGAUGUGACGGAAGAGACAUAGGU